CACAGAGACAUAAAAAUGGAGUCGAAAGGGUCCAUAUCGACCAGAAGGAUCUCACGAGUUGAGCUGACUCAGUCUGACCUAAUACUCAUUCAACAUAAUUACAUCCAAAAGGGUCUUCUCCUCCCAAAACCAGAUCAUCAUCAAGCUCAACCCUUCUCUAAUCAAUGGAUCCAACGCUUGAGAACAACCUUCUCCAAAGCACUCGAAAUCUUCUAUCCCUUAACGGGUCGCCUUGUAAUGAUCCAAAACGACGACGUUCGCCUCACAACAUCUUUCUUCCUAGACUGCAACGGCGCCGGUGCCUCGUUCGACCACGUCACCUCUGACGGCGUCCUCACAGUGGCCGAUGUUCUCGACCCGGUCUACAUCCCAGACGACGUCGUUUACUCCUUCUUUCCCAUGAACAAGGUUUCCAACUACCAAGGUGUUUCGAAGCCGUUGCUGGCAGCUCGAGUAACGGAGUUAGUUGACGGCGUUUUCGUAGCUCUCUCCAUGAACCACUGCGUCGGGGAUGGUACUACCUUCUGGCUUUUCUUCAACACUUGGUCUCGAAUCUCUCGCGACAACGGCGUCGAUUUAGACCCGAUUCGACUCGUUUUCGAUCGCGAUCAGUUCUUCGACGGCAUCAUCAACAGGGCUACUGAUCUUCCAUUUCGAGUUCCUUUCAAUCCAGAUCGUGUAGCUCUUCCUAGUGUUAACAAGCCAGUAUUAUCACUGAAGCAAAUGAUGUUUCGUUUUUCAAAGGAAACCAUAGCCAAACUCAAAGCAAAAGUCAACGCUCAGAUGGUUGACUAUUCGCCCACCAUGACCACCAAGAUAUCGUCUCUUCAAGCGGUCAUGGCUCACCUUUGGGUCUCCAUUACCCGAAACCGAAAUCUCAAACCCGAACAGGAAGUGAGCUACUUCAUCACGGUUGGUCUCAGGCAGAGAGCGGAGCCGCCAUUACCAGAAGGGUAUUUUGGGAAUGCGAUUAUGGCUGCGUGUGCGAAGACCACAGUUGGAAAGUUGGUAGGGAAGAAUGGAUUGGGCUGGGCCGCUUUGCAGAUGAACACUGAGGUUGCUUCGCAGACAUGGGAGAAGGCCCAAGAGUACUUGAAGAAAUGGGCCGAAAGCCCAAAACUGGUACCCCAAGAAAACGAUGAGAUUUGGUCUCAUCUACUAGUGACUGGUAGUUCACCAAGGUUCGAUGUUUAUGGGAAUGACUUUGGGUGGGGAAAACCAGUGGCUGUGAGAAGUGGUCCUGGGAACAAGUCUGAAGGAAAGUUGACUGUUUAUGCUGGGACUGAAGAUGGAGGCUUUGAGUUUGAGGCUUGUUUAAGGUCUGAGACAUUUGAGGCCAUGAAAGAUGAUGAAGAGUUCAUGGAAACUCUAACUAUGUGAUUUUGUUUUGGAUAUUGAUCGAUCAGUUUGUACGUAUACGUGAAUAGUGUUGUUAUUUGGCAUAUUAAGGUAUUCGACACCACAAUAGAUAGCACGUUAAAUAGUUAGUGAUAUCUCAUAAUACUUAUUAAAUUAAAA